GAAAGGUUUGUCUGUCCAACUUCCCAUGCAGGGAAUGGUUUUGCGGGACUCCCUGCCUUUCAACAUCGGUCAGGCGAUGCCAUCCUCGGCUUGUCCUCGGCGAAUUCAUUAUCUUUGUCGUUCAACCAGCUGGUUGGCUUCACCUCAAAACCACGCAAUGCUCGGUUUGCGACCAGCGGGCGUUUCUCUGGACUCCGAAAGGCGGAACAUCGUAAAGACUCCAGGACGUGGGCUCGUCAAGUCGCGACAUGCACUUCAAGAAAAUACGUUUCGUGACCUGCCCACGACGGUAAACGCUAAGGGGAAGAGGGUAGUCCAGGGUACACCACUGCAGCUGAAGGUCACACAAACGGAUCGUGUAGUCAAAGAUGCUCCUGGAAAGCAAGCGGUAGUGUCCAAAAUCAAAGGGACUCCCGUUGUUCGCCCACUCGGUGACAAGACGCCAUUCCCAAACCGCACCGCCGUUCGGGCCACCCUCAUUUCAAGCUCCAGCACAAAAACAGCCAAUGGCUCUCCAGACGAAUCUCGUCGUGCCAGUUCUGUACGACGACGCGUUCGUCUACCCCGAAGUGCGAGUAAGAGCUUUGAGACACCAGUCACCGCUGGAAAUCACUGGGAUGCGAGCGACAUAGAUAUUGAGAUUGGAGGUGUGGUGGCAAAUCAAUCGCUCGCGGAAGAAGACUACGAUGAAGUUGAGUACAUGCCACCAAAAGUCGAUGGGGUUCCAUACGAGCCGCCUUUCGAGCUACCAAAUUACAGGGAAGUCGGCAAUACCCUGAUAGCCCUCAUUCGAUCAUAUCCCUUUGACGACGAGCCACCGCCGGACCCUUCAUUUACUUUGCAAGAACUGGAAAACGAUAUGUUUGCCGAAUUAAACACUGAGACCAGAUAUCCUGCUACUGGUAAUGUUCAGAGUACCUUGCCCACUUCUCGGAGGGUUCAUCAAAAUAGUGGAUCUCGUACUUGCACGACUUCCAAGGAAGUUAGGCAUACUUCUUCAGCUACCAGGCCUCCGGUAUCGCAGAAACCUUCUUCCACGGCCGCGCCGCCCGUUGGGCGGGUUCGAACGGCUCCGCCGAUUAAACGUCCCCAGUCUGCGCGUGGCCCUAUUUCAGCACCAGGCACCCGAGCGUCCUCCGUUUCACGUUCUGCACAAUCGACUAGAACGGGACCUGCGACAUCAACCCGUCUCGCCACUGUAACACGACCUGCAACGAGUACGACCACACGAUCUCUACCCCUCGCUGCUCAGAAAGAGCCGGUCCCCAAGGGAACGGUGAGGAAUCCCACUACAGCCGUUGUCAGUUGAUCCCAAGGUAGUACCGAGAAGUGGUCUUCUGGAGACGCCCAAAGAUCUCGAGGGGCUGAUCAUAUUCGAGGAUAAAUGGGAGGAUGAGGAGUUUCUGUUUAAUGUUUAAAACAGGAUUUUCGGACGUUCGUCAGUUGAAGUAAUGCCAAGUAUCUUGUGGGUUUACAACCGUCUUGGGUCCUGUGCACUUGUAACAUAAAUGAAUGACAAAUGAGUAUGUAUCACUUUAGUUAGAAGUCAUCUAAAGAAACAAGGUCGGAUGGGGGAGAGGAGG